UCCUCCUUCUCGCUGCAACAACAACAACCUCCGCUAGCGGCUAAACAUGGCGGCUGCGACGGUAGCGGGUCUAGAGCCCCAUCGGAUGGAGGAGAAGAAGUUCGAGUACUUCUCCUCCAUCAACUCCAUGGCGAAGAAAAUAAUGCAGGAGCGGGAGAAAAUCAAAGAAAAUCACGGCUCGUCUUGGGAGAAAAUGACGCCGCAGGAACAGGACACGGCCAUCGACAACUGGAUGAUGGACCCGCACAUCCGAGCCCGAUACGCGAUGCACCGAGUGGACCGAGAAGAGGUGGUGUGUUACCCCAAACUGCUCAUCCAGACCGGCCAGAAGAUAGUCCACUUCGGGGAGGAGGAUAUUACCUGGCAAGAUGAGCAUUCUGCCCCCUUCUCAUGGGAAACAAAGAGUCAGUUAGACUUCAGCUUGACAUCAGGCUCUAUAGAGCAGGGCAUCUCCGCCUCACAAGCAGAUUCAAAGGCUGCCAAGGGACAUUCAAGCCAGAUUGGCAAGAAUACACCAGGAAAUAAGGUGUCGGUCAGCGAAGGACGAAAACAAGAGGAGGAGUCGUCUUUCUGGAAGAUCAGCGCUGAGAGGUCCAGGUUGGAGGGAGAACAGGCAGACUUCCAUUCCCUGACCCCCAGUCAGAUCAAAUCCCUGGAGAAAGGAGAGAAGCCCCUCCCCUCCUACCUCCGACAGGAGAUGUCUGUUUCUAAGGAACCAGAACUAGUAGAACCUCCCCAUCCUCCAGCUCCGGCUCCAACCAGAUCCACCAAACAGCGAGCGCCCAAACCCCCCGCUCCGCAGCCGCCUGUCUCCAUCCCCGUCGCCGUCAGCGCCACGCCGGCAUCCAUCUCCAUUUCCACGAACCCGGCGCCGCCCAUCAGCGUGUCGUCGUCGGUCGCGGGCUGGGAACGUUCUCAGAGCACCCUGCCGUCUGUCAGCAACACCGUGGACGACGUGUUCUCGUCCAGCCCCAUGUCCAAGUCCUCCAACGUCUCCGCCGCCAUGGAAAAGAAGGAGGAGGAGGGUACAUCCGGCUUCGACACCAGCCCCACAUUUUCCCAGUUCAACACCAGCAGCAGCAUCCUGAAGACGGGAUUCGACUUCCUGGACAACUGGUAAAACCUGCCGCCGUGGCCCCGCCCCCUCCCCCGUCGCUCUGAAGGACCACACUGCCACGACUCCGCUAUUUCCACGUCUAGGUUUCAGACGCACCGACCUUUGAGAUGCCCACGUCACGUCUUCAGCGGCUUCUUUAGACACCGCCUCGAUGCUGGCACCCCCUCCCCCCCCUUUUUUUUUUUUAGAAAAGUAGGAUUUUUCCGAAUAAUCUGCCAAACAUUCCCUUCCUGUCAAAGUUUAGAAUUACAGAUUACAUGUGCAAUUACUCACUUUACACUCAAAUUAAGGUUACCGUGUGUAUUGUGUGUUUGUGGAAUUAGAUCUUUCUACGACGACAGGCUCUUGUAGUUUUUCAGUGGGUUGAUAUCACUCGUUAUGGUACGCUGAUAUUUUUUUUCUGCUAGCAUUACAAGCUUAGCUAUAACGACGUAGAACUGGUAUUAAAAUAAGAAGAAGACACUAAAUAAAAUCUAAAUUCAGUGUUACAGCCAAAUGCUGCUGUUCUGAGCUUUGUGACUUUUUCAGAGGAAAUCUUCCAAAUCCAAGUGGAUCACAGACGCUGUUACAGGUUUUUUUGGGAUUGCCGAUGUUUUCUCCUUCUAUCAAAGCUCCAAGUCCUAACUUUAAUGUCAAAAUGCGCUUUUUCAAAACCGCUGCUGUCUUUAGGGUUCGUUUAACAGGGUUCCCACAGCCAUGAAAAACAGAAAAAUUUUGAUGACAAAAAAAUUUUUAGAGCUGCUGGUUUGGCUUUAUUUCACUAAAAACGCUGCAUUUAUGCUUCAUUUUGCAUUUAUACGUUACAGUUAACUCAUAGAUUUUCUGAUUAUUUGAAGAGGAUGUAAAAAUACCCAACAGUUAGAGAGUGACGAAGGUUUUCUCCUUCUAUCAAAGCUCUAAGUCAUAACUUUAAUGUCAAAAUGUGUUUUUACAAACCACUGCUGUCCUCAGGGUUCAUUUAACAGGUUUCCCACAGUCAGAAAAAUUAUGACAAUAAAUAAAAUUGUCAUGCAGUGCAAUUUAAAGUGAUACAAAUUGUGCAUUUUUUGCUGAAAUCAACAGUUUUGUGAUGCUGUAAGGAGGAAACUGUAAAGCAAAAAACUGUAAAGAAAAAAACUGAAAACAAAAGCCUGAAGGAAAAUUCACAGAGAUGAAGUAGGUUUAGAGCUGCUGGUUUGGCUUUAUUUCACUAAAAACGCUGCAUUUUUGCUUCAUUUUGCAUUUAUACAUAACAGUUAACUCAUAGAUUUUCUGACUAUUUGAAGAAGAUGUAAAAAAAAUACCCAACAAUUAGAGAGUGAAUAAUAAUCUAAUAAUAAUUACAGGGUUCCCACAUUCAUAAAAAACUGAGAAAAAUUAUGACAAUAAAUAAAAUUGUCAUGCAAUGCAAUUUAAAGUGAUACAAAUUGUGCAUGUUUUGCUGAAAUCAACAGUUUUUAGACGAUCUCAGGAGGAAAUUGUCAAGAAAUGUACAAAUUAAAAAGCCUGAAAGAAAAUUCACAUAGAUGAAGUAGGUUUACAGCUGCUGGUUUGGCUUCAUUUCACUAAAAAUGUUGCAUUUUUGCUUCAUUUUGCAUUUAUACGUUACAGUUAACUCAUUUCAACUCAGAUUUUCAAACUUUUAAAGGGUUUGUCUGUUAAAAUGUGUGGGAACCCUGUUUUUACUCUAAAUAUUUCCAUUCCGCAGCAGUAGGAUUGUCAUUUUGUGUACUUCUACUAUCCGUUUUAUCUCUUUAAACCUCUUCGUUUGCCAUUUUGUCGCCUGUUUCUACAAUAAAACUUUUGUCAAUUUACACGUGCUAUACCUUAUAAGAACGCUUAGAUUCUGUACAGUUGAGUCUCCAAGUUUAUUUUACAGUAUUCAUAAGCAAAAGAAUUAGGUCUAAUUACUGGUUCAUUCCAUGCUUAAUUAUAUUACUGUUAAGAAAUGGGUUAAA